GCUGCUAUAGGCAGCAGCAGCACCACCCACUGCCGCGGUUGUGGACACACCGGUCUCCACCCAUCUCUCUCACGCACCAUCCGCACCAAGGACAGCGGAGUGCGGAACGAUUCAGUCGAUUUAUAGCCACACCAUGGCCAGGAAGUGCUCCCACUGUGGCAACUACGGCCACAACUCGAGAACUUGCAGCAGCACGGGACAGCAGGGAGAAGUUAUGCUCUGCGACGGAGGAGGUGGCGGCAGCAGCGGGCUGAGGCUCUUCGGGGUGCAGCUCCAUGUCGCCGCAGGAGGCUCCAUGAGGAAGAGCUACAGCAUGGACUGCCUGCAGCUCGCGGCAGCUCCCAGCUCCCUCAUCUCUCCUACGUCGUCGUCUUCGUCAUCGCUGCUUCUGUCCAUCGACGAGGGCCUGGAGAGGGCUUCCAAUGGGUACCUGUCCGACGGCCCUCAUGGCAGAUUAGUCCAGGAGAGGAAGAAAGGGGUUCCAUGGAGCGAGGAGGAGCACCGGCUAUUCCUUGUCGGCCUUGAGAAGCUCGGCAAGGGCGACUGGCGAGGCAUCUCCCGGAGCUACGUCACGAGUCGGACCCCGACGCAGGUGGCCAGCCACGCGCAGAAGUUCUUCCUGCGGCAGAGCAGCAUGGGGAAGAAGAAGCGCCGCUCCAGCCUCUUUGACAUGGUGCCGAUUUGCGAGAACAGCAUGCGCGUUUCCGAGCCACCGACGAACAACAGCGAAGGCGCAUCCACUUCUCUGCCGCGGUAUAGAGCCCCCGACAUGGCAGCCAUUGACCUCAACUCCACGGAGGAGGAUGCAAUGACGGAGGCUCCAGCUUCGUCGGUGUCAGACGCGUCACCGUGGACAGUAUUCCCGGCGGCGGUUCUGCCGGAGCAGGCUCCUCCUCAUGGCCACGGGCACGGCCUCCACUGCUCCCCGCUGGACCUGGAGCUGGGCAUGUCCCUCUCGCCGCCGUCCAUCGGAACGUGACGUGGCCACACCAUCCUAACCGUACGUCGCCAUGAACUCCAAGUUUUAUCAGGCUUCCCAGCCUGACCUUGUCCAACCAAAUGGAGAUAAGGCGAUGGACAGUGCUUGUAAAGUCGUGUGCAGGUAGUGCUAAUAGUGGAUACAGCGAUGUGUGUACUACUCUUGGCUCCAUCCAUGUAGAAACCAGAAUCAUGCUAGCCCCUGUUCCCCUACGCGCUACGUACAUAUUCGGUCAGAUGUUGCCUGCGAAUUGUGAAUCACGCCUGUCCAUACAAAUUCAUUAAUCUCAGUCUGUUCUGUUUCACACAAAA